CGCCCGGACUCCGCCAUUCGCUGUACCGUUAUCGUCUGAUCGGCGCGUUGCGUUUCUUGAUCGUGCGUCGUCGGUGUUCAGUUUGGCAGUUGGAUUUUGGUGCCGGUUUGGUGUCUCGGGUUUGUUUGAUACGUCCCUGAGUGAUUGGAUUAUUACCCUAGUGAUUGGUGAUUCGAACGGGGGUAAGGUGAUCUUUGCCAUUCGUACUCUUGCAGUUUAAUUAACUUGUUCCGAGUUAGAAACGGUUAAAUAUGGGGCAGAGAAGGUCCAAGAAAUCACUGGAACAGAACCAAUCGAAAAUAGAUCCUUGAAGACGGACAUCAUAGCACUGAACCGGAGAGAAGAAAAUCGCAUUGGUGCAAGUGAGAUGCUGAAGUCGCAUUGUUUCCAUUUCCAUGGCUGCAUUGGUUAGCCAUGCGAUGCAUCGGUUCCCAACGUCACCUACGAACGCAGUUUAUUCUUCCUAUGGUCUAAAAAGCGAUUCUAGUUCUUCUCGCAGCACAGGCGUAGGCGGAAGCGGAACCGAAGGCGCUCUAUCGCGCUCGAUGCGCUACGCAGACCCGUGGCUUUACGGGAGCGUCCGAGGAAACCCUGGUGGUUUCCUGCUCGCUCCUGCACUCGUGUUGUGCACCUGUCCCGAUUAUAUCAACGGCACAAGAAGACCUUCGAAAAAAUCUCCUCACACGUGCAAAAAAUGCAAAGGGACCAGAUUGCCCUUAAACUCCGAAUCAAAAUUUGGAACCGUACGAUGUUACUCCAAAACUCAUUCGUCAUCAUCGACGCCCUUAAGAGCGGGCACAGUCCACAUUACAUCGUCACCUGCAAGGCCAUCGAUUCUACCUGCCGCUCCGGAUCCGUACGAUCUGAUGCGGCGGUCCAGACUUUCCGUACCGGAGCGAACCGGGUCGCCCUAUCGCGGCAGAUCUAUAUCCCCAAGCAGCAGAAACGUCGCAAUCGAUGUCAAACGCGAAAACGGUACCAGAUCGAAAAGCAUCAAAAAGGAUUCUCUCAACUCUACCGUCGGGCGUCGAUCCAUACUGGAAUGCAACAUUAAUCCAUACGAGUUGAUGGCUGGUGAUAAGCCGCAGCAAUCCAAUGAAACGAAAAGUGUUACUGUAUUAAACGGUCAGAGGAUCAGAGUGAGACCGACGUGCCUGAAUAUUCAUCAAGAUUAUGAAGACGUUUUGGACUCCAAGGCAUCUGCCGCGCAAUAUCCGUUUCCCAAGUACAAGCCGAAAAGUCCUGUCGCCGGCUUGAGUGCAAAAAUCAAACCUUCAGAAGAAGAUUACGAACGUAACACUAUACCGCGAAAUCAGUUCAAGUCUAUUUUGAAGAAACGAUCGACGUUGCACAGCGGCACAGACUCGGCUACGGAUUACGAAGAUGCGACACCGUCCCCGUCGAGAAAAUCUGGAUCUCAGUUUUACAUUCCUACUCCGCUUCCUAUGACACCUCGCAAGAAAGUACAGUUUCUAGACGCAAGCGAAAGCGAUGGUAGUCUUCAGUCCAGCUCCAGCGAUCUCGAAGAAGAACUAAAGCCUGAUACGAAAGUUGUAAUUAAGAACGAGAUUGAAGAUGAGGAAGAAGUUUUUGAGGAUGCAUCGGAAGAACCAGCACCUCCAGAUAAAAACCAAGAACUUUCUGAAGCCGUGGAAGCUAAAAAGAAGAAUAAUAAGUUGUUGAAACUGAAGCGCAGUUAUAGUGACCGGUUAAACAAUAAACAGAAUCACGUUGUUUUCCACGACACGAUGGCUCUGCGUAGCAAAAAACGGCCCAACGUCAAGAUCACUUUUUCAAGCGAAGACCUUGAAAAGCUGGAUGGAAUAACUUCCAGAACGAGGAAAAUAAGUCCGCGACCCCAUCGGCCGCCCCCGCCUCCACCUCCAGUUCAGCUUUGUGACAAAGAGAAAAAAGAGGAUUCCGAAUGCCAACAACUGAUUUUGCCUAAACCAGCGCCGAUCGAAAAGGCCGAUGAAAUAGAGAUAUCAAAAAUUCAAGAGGUUCCGCCAAUCGAUGGAGUGGAAGCUUUAACUCCUCCGUCUGCGCCACCAAGGAAGCGAAGCAACAACAAGCAACCUGCACUAAAUGUCAUCUGCAAGACACCAGAAACGCAAGCGUUCCUCGUUGGGCCUCAAAUAUCGGAGGAUAGCAAUAAGACGGUGGUUCAAAUUAGUUCGUCACCCAUCGUGUCACCUACUGUACAUAAAAUUCAGAUUAAAAACGAAUACCCCGAUUUAAAUAUAAAAACCAUAUCGGUUAGCGAAAGUCCGCAAAGGAAAACAUCGAUUCUUAUAAAUGGAGACAACUGCUACUCUACGGUGAACGUCAACGACAACAUUCCCUUAUACCAAUCUUCGGUUAUCGUUAAAGAUGACACUACCACGAUGAGAUCGCCGAAUAGAAGCAGCAGCAAAAUUUAUAUUACGGGCACUUUUAUAAGUUCUACUGAUACCGCCAACGAAUCAGAGGCAAUCAAAGAUAAACUGUCGGAAACAAAAGAUGAUAUACUCAUUGUACCGGACAUACGUGAGGGUACUUCUUGGUCUAAAGCUGAACAUGCACUUGACGACGACCAGAGUUCGUCUUCGUAUCACUCUGCAUCGUCCCACUGCAUAAAAGACGAAAAGGACUCGACAACACAUCUUCACGAAAUUCUUCGAGAUCCGGUGGAAGCGGUGCGUCAAAACUUAGUCCCUCAUGUCUGUGGAAAGUCAGACAUGUCUAGGAGAUCACAUGUAAACAAACCAUCAAAAACUCUCGACAAGAACGCAUCACUUUUCGAGUCACCACUGGAAGAUACCAAUCUCUCGUCAUCUUUAGAAGAGUCUUUUCUCAGGCUGCGAUGCUAUGAAUCACUUGGGGACGAUUUCAGCUCAGAACACAGUUCUUCAACGCAGUACGAGCUCAUGGAUCCCGGAUCAGAUAGCUACACAGAUCACAGCAAUCGCAGUUCAGUCACCGAGGAGGAGCUUUCGAACAGGACGAAAUUCUACGAGCUGCUGGCGGAUGCUGAUCACGUCGAAGUAUCGGAGAACGAGGAUCACCAUUAUGAAAGCAUCAAGAUCAAUAACGAUCCUAUUUAUGAGGAAAUUGAGAUUCCACCGCCAUUGCCAGCGAAUCCGCCGCCAUUGUGUCUUCUGGACGACCUCCAUUUGGAUAAAGAGUAUACGACGAGGUCAAUAUUUGAAGGGGCUUCCAAGUACGACAUACUAAGCUACCUGGUGGACGCAAAAGAGCGCGGAAUAGUACAAGAAGAUGGCUACGCUUAUAGCCUCGCUAACAACCAACCGAACGACGAAGAAACCAAAGAGUCUUACAACCGAACGUCCCACAUGAGCACCGUCAGCGAUUCGAGUGAAGACAAUUCUCUGAUCAUAUCCGGAGCUAUCAUAGACGAGAAGGCGACUUCCCAAAAACCAGCCGAAGUUGAAAGAAACGACUCGGGCGUCGGUUCUGAGACCAGUAAAAGUUCGCUGAGCAAGUAUAGGAGUAAGCAGGAAAUUUUGGUAUCAUGCGAAGACUGCGAAUUCGCUUUAGAUUCAAAAACCGAAAGCGAGCCGUUGUUAUGCAGGAAGUGCAGUAAGAAACGAUCUGAACGCAAGGAAAUUAUUACCGAGAUAGUGGAAACGGAGGAGAAAUACAGCAAAGACUUGCAAAUCAUUUUGGAAGAGUUCUAUCAACCGAUGCUCGUUGCCGGUCUACUUACUCCAGAUCAGCUCGCAACUAUUUUCUUAAACGUCGAAGAGUUGUUGGAAAACAGCCAGGCGCUAGCCGAAAGGCUUAGGGAUGCCGUGGAAAUUGCUCUCGAGCAAGGAGACGACGACCUGUUGACUGUAAAUAUUGGUAAACUGUUCCUAGAAGCGGCUCCAAUGCUUCACGGAUUUGAAACUUAUUGCGUUCGACAAGGAACUGCGAGUUUGCUACUGGCCAGUUUGGAAAAAGAAAAGGAAUUGCUAAGGAUUUUUCUUCGGGUCUCCCAAAUGGAAAAUACGCUGCUGAGGAGGAUGAAUUUAAAUUCUUUCCUAAUGGUUCCGGUACAAAGGGUAACCAAGUAUCCGUUGCUUCUCGCGCGGUUGUACAAAGUUACCCCUGUACACCACCAUACUAGGGAGAUACUGAAGGAAGCGCAACACAAGAUCGAACUUCAUUUGAACCACAUGAACUCGGAAACUAAAGAUGUGCCAAGCAAAUUGUGGAGACGGAUAGGGAGUAACUCCGGUAGGCGGCCUAGCACGGAAAUGGACUUGGCCAAUAUAAAACUAAGGAAAAUCGCUGUGGAUGUGUUGGAAUGGAACCAUGACGAGGCCAAAUUCAUCUUAGAGGGGAAGCUGUUGUUCACGCAACCCACGGACAACAACUGGAGGAAGGGGAGAACUAUCAAGUUAACUCCGAUUAACGCGCUACUUGUGACUAACGGAAAGCUACCCGUAACGAAGCAAUCGGAAAAGCUGGAGGACAAUUGUCUCGUGUUUUCCAAACAUUCGGGCGUGAGGGAGGCCGCUUUGUUGCUGGUCAGGGACAAAAAUGGAAGAUAUUCCCUACUACGGGAACCGCUGUAUCUGGACCGGUGUGUGGUUGCUGCUGAUCCGGCUUGGCAGAGCUACUUUGAGGUCCAGGAGCUUAUGGGAAAAGACACUUUCAUCUUUAAGGCUGAUGAAGAGAAGCAGACGCACUUAUGGUACAAACAGCUCCAGUAUCAUUCUCAAGGUCUCGGAGCAUGGAGAAAGAGGAGAAACGCCCUAGCCAAUAUCAUGAUAAACGGAAUGGGCCUGCGCACGUAGCACAUCAGGAACCUUUGAAUUAAGUUUACAGCUUUAAAUAAAGAAAUUAUUUAUAUCGAACAACGAUUCUUUUUCCUACUAAUAAUUAUAAUUGUAAAACUUAAUGAGGUAUUUUAAUUAUUAUAAGUAUUUUAGUAAUUUAGCUGUGAUAUUUCUUCGGUCUGGUAAUGGGUAUAUUUUAAUAUUAUUAUUGUAGUGCAUAGUAGCGAUGUUUAACUUAACCUAGUGUAAUAAUGAAAAAGUUGUAUGAAAUUGUAAUAAAGAUUUA